GGAAGGUUGUACAUUCGUGUUGCAUUGCAUGUACUUUAUACAAAUGUUUAGCAGAGACCGAGGCACUGUAAUAACAGUAUAACAUAUUACAAAAUGUUGGUCUACAUUCUUCUAGGCUGUUUUGCUUUUUUAAUGUAUGUAUGUCUAAAAUACACUAAUGGGAAAUCAAGGAUUAUCGCAAAGAUCCCAGGACCUAAAGGGAUACCAAUAUUUGGGAAUGCACUUCAAGUUGACCUGGAACGUAUUCACAAAGAUUUACUAAAAUGGACUGAGGAGUAUGGGCCGAUCUUUAAGUUGAACUUUGCUGGGGAUUUGGUUGUUGUACUUAACAGUUAUGAUGCAAUCUACGAAGCUCUUGUCACAAAAUCGGCAGAUUUUGCAGGUCGAGCAAAUGAUACCUUCAGAGUUCAAGUACUGGCAGAAGGCGCCGACGUCAUUUUUCAAGACUACACAGACAAAGUUAAAUAUAUGAAGAAACUCAUGCUCCAGGGACUCAAGAUGUACGGCGAGGAACGUUCGAAUAUAGUCAAGAUCACCCAAAGUGAGGUCAACUUGUGUAUGGAUAAAUUUGCCGCUGAAAACAACGAGCCGUUUUAUUAUGACGACGCUGUUGAAACGAUGAUUUUGAAAAUCCUUGCAGAAGUAAUAGCUGGAGUUCAGUUUAAGGACGAGCACCCUUACAUCAAACAAAUUGCCGAGGUGCAAGCUAAGGCUGGAAGAGUAAUGUCAGCAGGCAAUGGAGUAGAGCUUGACAUGUUCCCAUGGCUACGCUUUUUCGGAAAUCAAAACUAUAAAAUACUGACGGAGGCGUGUAAAACAAGAAACAUUGUUUUGGCGGAUAUGCGGAAAGAAUGUGAGAAAUCCAUUGAAUCUAACCACAGCGUCAUGGGAGUAUUCAUAAAAGCCCAAAGAGACCCCUUAACACCGCACCAAAUAUCAGAUUCUAACAUCAUUACGGCGUCGGCGAAUCUCAUUGGUGCAGGAUUAACCACGACAAAAGGCACAAUCUCUGGGUUAUUUCUGCUACUAAUGAGGCAUCCAGAUAUACAGACAAAGCUUCAAGAAGAAGUUGACCAAGUUGUCGGCAAAGACCGGAAUCCGAGUGUUGACGAUAAAGAAAACAUGCCGUACCUUCAAGCGACGCUUAUCGAAGUGUUACGUUAUUUGUCACAUGUGCCAAUUUCGGUACCCCAUAAAACUUUGGUAGACACGAGUGUUGCAGGAUAUGAUGUUCCAAAGGGAACACAGGUUUGGACGAACAUAUUUGCGAUGCACCACGAUCCCUCAUUGUUUCCUGAUCCUUGGCAGUUUAAGCCAGAACGUUGGUUGGAUGAUGAUGGUUAUCUGGUAUCUCUGGAGGAACGAAAUAAAGCUAUCUCAUUUGGAGCUGGUCGACGUGUUUGUGUCGGGGAACAGUUUGCAAGAACCAGAUUAUUCCUGUUUUGUGCUACAUUGUUGCAGAAAUUUACGAUCAGUCCACCAGAUGACUCUCAAAGUCCGUCACCUGAUCCACGUGACUUUCCUCUCGGAAUUGUACUCCACCCUGUGCCAUUUCAAAUCAAGGCAAUAGCGAGACAAUAAAACAAAGCAUGGGAUCUAAGUAUAUGGAUAUACUACAUCCUUGACACAGACGAUAUUUUAGGGUCUCUUAGGUUUUGGACGAUAAACUCAAAACAAUAAGCCAUUAUUACAAAAUAGCCCUGGUAUCGUAAUUGAACCUAACUGAAUGGGAGGACAAGUUUUAGAGAAAUUGUACGGGAACGUGAAUACGAUGUUGACGCCCUCUUAAACCCCUCUUAAUUUAGACGUCUUUUCAAUGAAAACGUUGAAAACAGUGAUAUUUUGCCCCUGAGCAUGUAACACCAUUACUAAAGAAUAUGGUUCCAGAAGUUGUAUGUUUCUAAUAAGACGUAUUUAUUUUUUGGCACUUGUAUAUCACUUUGACCUGGAAAUUUACGAGAUAAGGUUAAUGUAAGCAGAAUUUAUUACAGCAUAUAUGAGUCUGUUAAAAAGGGUUACAAUAACCUUUUCAAGAACCUAGUCACUGCAUUGUGGAAAUGUAGAAUUUACGAAUAAAACCUAAAAUGUUAACCU